AUGGACCGCUACCCCGAAGUCAAAGUCUCAGAGCGCGAAUGCCCCCGUGAAGACUGGACCUCAUCACGACACGAUUCAGGAAACUCAGUCAACAAAGCCGAAAUGCAGCACUCCUCCGCCCACGAUACCGACGCUCACAAGCAAGAAGCUUCUACACUACAACAGCAGUACACUUCCUUCGCACCUCCAUCCAACAACUCUCAGCAGCAAAGCGACGACUCCAUGGCAUCUACCAGCUCCUCGUCGAACGAGAUCAACUCAACAGCCAUCGAUGCAGAGUAUGCACGAUACACAGAUGCCCCACCGCCUUACUCGGAAAAGCAGUACGAGGGCAAGAGUGAGCAGGAGACGUCAGACAUGCGCAUGUCGGACUACGCAAAGGAGAUUUCAAGAAUGAUGGGACGGCAACUCGUCAAAGACCUGAAGACAGGAACAAGCGACAAGCCUGAAGAAUCACAGUGA